AAUCACUCUCCCGAUUGGUCGAAUUUAAAAAUGAGACCGCGACAGUUUAGGAUGACAACAGAAGACGGAAUUUCGUUGCGAAACAUUUUUGUGGAAAAAAAAGUCUGUCACGAUGACGGAAUCAGGUUAUCACAGCACAUUGGAAAGCGCGGAGAGGGAAAUUAACGUCGACGACCUGAGGAAAGACCUUAUAUCAGAGUUUCACUCACAGGAGUCAUGCCUAGAAGAGAAUGAACACUUGCAAGUGUACCUCCGCAUUCGACCGUUCACAUCAAUUGAAAGUGAAAAUGGCGAAUCACAGGACUGCGUUUCCAUUGAGCCCCCAGACAAGGUCCUCCUCAAGGCUCCAAGGACCUCCCUCUCAGCAGGGCUUAGUGACAAAUCAGUCCCUCAGACAGCUCAACGGUUCCAGUUCUCACAGGUCUUGGGGCCAGAAACCUCUCAGAGAGAGAUGUUUGAUGGCACAGUGAGAAGUCUGGUCAAGGAUGUUCUGGAAGGUGGAAAUUCUCUGGUUUUCACAUAUGGAGUCACAAAUGCGGGAAAGACAUUCACAUUUCUAGGUCCAGAGGCCAACGCAGGGAUCCUCCCCAGGUCUUUGAAUGUCAUCUUCAACAGCAUUGAGGGGCGUGUUUACAACCAGAUGACUGUCAAGCCACAGCGAUGCAGAGAGUUCAUCAGGCUCACGAAAGAUCAGCAGAGGGAAGAGGCCACUAGCAAGAGAAAUCUCUUCAGGCUCCUCAAGGAGAGUGAUAACCCGAAAAGCUCCACCAGCCAGACAAGCUCCACCAGCCAGACAAGCUCCACCAGCKAGACAACCCUACAAGGGUCCACACUAAGUGACAUUGAGAGGACUGUGACUGAAGACGCUUUCAGUCUGGUUGUUGACGCACACACCAAGUUCUCAGUCUGGGUGUCCUUCUGUGAAAUCUACAACGAGAAUAUUCACGACUUGCUGGAGCCCAUACCGAUCGGAGCCCUGAAGAGAUCUACGCUGCGGCUGUCGCAGGAUGUCAAAGGCAACUCCUUUGUCAAAGAUCUGAAGUGGAUACAAGUGAACAACGCGGAGGAAGCCUACAAGGUGAUGAAGCUCGGAAAGAAGAACCAGAGCUUCGCCAGCACAAAGCUCAACCUCCUCUCGAGCAGGAGCCACAGCAUCUUUUCUGUUCGUAUCCUGCGGAUUGAAGAUGCUAGGAUUCCUCGUGUUAACUCUGUCAGCGAGCUGUCCCUGUGUGACCUGGCUGGGUCUGAACGGUGCGCUAAAACUCAGAAUAAAGGGGAGCGUUUGAAAGAAGCCGGGAACAUCAACACUUCGCUGAUGACGCUGGGCAAGUGCAUCAACGCCUUACGUCAAAGCCAGCAAUCCAAGCUACCACAGCACAUCCCUUUCAGGGAGAGCAAGCUCACCCACUACCUGCAAGGCUUCUUCUGUGGGCGGGGCAAAGCCUGCAUGGUCGUCAACGUCAACCAGUGUGCCUCCAUGUACGACGAGACGAUCAACGUGCUCAAGUUCUCCGCCGUGGCUCAGAAGGUGGUGGUGCUGACUUCCAAGACCGUCCCCCACCUCGCCACCAAGAGGUCGGCCCGGGAACUGUCCAUGAUCGUCGACCACGCAGACAGGAAGAACCUAUUGGGUAAGCGGAGAAGGAGCUCUCUGGUUGGCUGGGAGACCAGUCUGGAGGAUGUGCAGGAGGAUGUUGAUGACAUGGAAGGGGAGAGCACGGCAGAGGACAGCGUGAUUGAGGAGACCAUGCAGGAAGUGGACGAUGACGAGUUUCUCAUCGAUAAAGAUGCUUAUGAGAGCCAACUACUCCAGUUGAAGGAGCUCCGGGAACAACUCCAGAAAGAGAGAUCUGAAAACCUGGCUUUGGAAUCCCGGAUCCGGGACGAGGUCACAAAGGAAUUUUCUGAGCUCUUCUCUGAAAUGCAGACCGAUUACAAGGAACGUCUGGCCAAAGAGAAGGAGAUUGUCGAGGAGAGAGCAGAGAGGCGUCUAGAGAUCCUGAAGAAUCUAGUGAACAAGAACGCCAGUCAUGAGGAGCUGGACAGAGCGGAGCGAGCCACGAAGGUCAGCUCGUCGUUGGGAGGCAUGUUUGACUCCAUGUGCAGUGACCUGGCAGGCAUAAAGAUGGCGGCUGAGACGGCCAAGACGUGUCUGGUGGUCGCCCAUCCCAGUAGUGACACCGUCUCCAACCUCUCAGAGCAGCUCCCUGUCAAAACCAAUGAACUGGAAAAUUAUCGCAGACAAGCACCGCAAUCAAACGAACAGCUUGACGAGGCUAGAAAGACUCUGGAGUCUCUGGAGCUGAAGAUCUCUGACCUGGUGAAGAUGUGUCACGAGAAGGAUGAGAUGAUCUCCUCUCUUCAGAACACCGUGGACCAGCAGGUCAAAGACACUAUCAAGGAUAAGACUACAUUCGACGGCAUCAAAGACGAGCUCCUGCUUCUGAAGAGCAGCUGCACUUGCUCCGGAGGGGAGAAGCGCAGCUCUCGCGCAGAGAGCCGCAAACGGCUGGUGGAUCUCCAGCCGGACCUGGAGGAACAGCCCCCCAGCAAGAAAGGAUUCCAUGGGGAGGGUAGUGGAGAGGAGGAGGAGGAGAAGAUGGACAGAUUGCGCUGGGAGCAGGUGGUGAAAUCCUCAGAAGUGGCGGGACAAGUAGAGACUCUGCAGCUUGACCAGGUAGCACACGGCGAGGGUGACUGGAAAGUGCAGGAGAAGAAUAUCUCCUGUAUGGAGGCACAUGAGCUGAACGCUGAGGCGCAGACUCGUGCUCGCGAGGAGGCCCUGUUCGUGGAGCAGGCGGCUAGGAGGGAGAAUGCCAGGCUGCUCCAGGAACGGGAAGACUUGCAGCGGGAGAUGGGCGUACUCCGAGGGGAAUCCCAGGAUCUAACUGGGAAGCUGCAGGCCGUGGAGAGGGAGGUCAGUCUGCAGACAGCUAGAGCAGAAAAAGCUGCAGAGGACCGACAGGUCACGCAUGACCACGAGGUCAGAGAGAAAACUGCCCUGAUUGACUCCCUGAUACAGGAAGUGACACGCCUAGGGCAGGAAGUCGUCGCCUAUCAAGCUGCGUCGGAAGUACAAAGGGACAGCCGGCUUCUCAGAGACAAGAUGGCGGAACUGAAGAGGGAAUGCUCAGAGGCCCUAGAGGAGAGGCUCCUGCUGAAAGAGAAACUGGCCCAACAGCAGAUCAUAGAACAGGAGCUGAAAGAGAAACUGGCCCACCAGCAGAUCUCAGAACAGGAGUUGGAGGAGCUGAAAGAGAAGACUGGCCCAACAGCAGAUCUCAGAACAGGAGUUGGGGGAGCUGAAAGAGAAACUGGCCCAACAGCAGACUUCUCAGAACAGGAGUUGGGGGAGCUGAAAGAGAAACUGGCCGCCAACAGCAGAUCACAUAGAACAGGAGCUGAAAGAGAAACUGUCCAACAAUCUCAGAAAGGAGUUUGGACGGAGCUGAAAGAGAAACUGGCCCAACAGCAGAUCUCAGAACGGAGUUGGGGGAGCUUGAAAGAGAAACUGGCCCAACAGGAACUGACCUUGGAGCAGCUCAAGGUGGAAAUGGAGGCUAAAGAAGAGGCCCACGUUGACAGCAAAAACUCUGUAGCUGAGAGAGAGAUUGCUGAGGGGCUGAGGAAACUAAACUCUGAUCUGGAGGCUGAGGUCGCGACCUUGAAGGGAAAGCUAGCCUAUCGGGAGGAAGAGGAGCGCAAGCGCCGAAUGGAGAGGGAGGUGGCUGUAACCGCGUCCCAAACGGAGAGAGUGGCAGAGUUGGAGAAGAUACUGUUCGAGAAGGAGGCGGAGGUGUCGGGCCUGCAGAGGAGCCUGAGGGAGGCGCAGGAGAGGUGGGAGGAUGAGGAGACGGCUGCGGUGCAGGAGGCUCGUAGGAGGGAGGUGGAGAGGAGGAGGGAGCUGCUGGCCGUGGCUGACGAGGCCAUCGCUCAGAAGGACGCUGAGCUGGAGAAGAGAGCACAGGACAUCACCAGGUUGAAGGAGACCAUUAAACUUGACUCGGACAAAGUGAAGAGUUUGACCUUGGACCUUGAGAGGAAAGACGAUGACAUUUCUGAUCUCAAAGAGAAGCUGGCCGACUCUAAAAAACAGAUACAGCAAGUUCAAAAGGAGAUCAUCUUGGAGAAAUCUCUCAAACAAAAACUGCAGGACUUGGAGAAAGUGAUGAAACGGCAGCAGACAGACUUGGCCAACAAAGACCGGACCAUACACCAACUGAAAACUGAACAUUCCGCUGACUCGAAGUCUGAGGAGAACCUAAAGCUGUAUCAGAACGCCUGCAAAGACCUUCAGGCUAAGGAGCGUUUGAUUGAGGACAUGCGUCUGGCUCUGAUUGAGCAGGAGGACACCCAGACCCAACAGGAGCAGGUGCUGGAUGCUAAACUGGAAGAGAUUGARGCCCUCACAGACGAGGUGGAGAAAGUGAAAGGACUGUUACGAUACCAGGACAAUAGAAAAGACACUGCGGCCCUGAGAGACGGCCAAUCGGACGAAGCCAAUUUGGCCAAACAGGAAGCCAUUCAGGCUCAAGUGACCUUGAAGCUGUGUACUGAGAAGCACCAGGCUGACAGGAGGAAGUGGCUUGAGGAGAAGAUGGUUCUGAUCCGGCAGGCCAAGGAGGCCGAGGACAAGAGGAACCAGGAGAUGAGGAAGUUCGCAGACGGUCGUGAGCGACACGCGAAACAACAAACCCAAGUGGAAGAUCUCGUGGCCCAGCUCGGUGAGAAGGAGCAGGACCUAGUGAAGUGGAGGAAGGAGAGGGACUCCCUGGUGACAGCUCUGGAGGUCCAGCUAACCAAACURGUCUCCAYCAUCGCAGACAAGGAUGCACAGAUAGCCAGUCUCRGCUGCAACGCCACCUCUCAGCCAGCAGAGAGGCACCGUGGCCAGGUGGAGGUAGAGGAGCUGCAGAGCCUUCUGUCUGAGAGAAACGCUGAGAUCCUUAACCUGAAGGAACAACUGAAAGCUGUAUCCAAAGCCGGCGGCAAUGUCUCAUCCGCGCCUCCCACAAAGCCCAGAGAGACCGCCACUCUGACUAAAGCAGAGGAGUGCCCUCCCAAAGUCAGUGAGAGAACUCUCCAUGACGACAACAGUCAACUAGUACAUGAAGUGAAGACAGAGAAGAGGACCAGUCAGGGGUCUGGGGGCUACCCGUCGUGCUAGACUCCUCAGAGAUCAUAACGGAGGAGGCAGGACCAGCCGCUUCCCAACCGGAGUUGGAGAUCUCCUUCAGCCCGCUGCAGCCCAACAGGAUGGCCCUGAAACGCCAGGGAGAGGCCGUGGUCAACGUCAAAAUCCACCGCAAGAGGAAGAGCUCUGAGCAGGAAAGAAGGAACGAUGCAGAAGAUCGGCGACUUCCUCCAGAGCUCCCCAACGUUUUUCGGUAGCAAGGCUAAAAAGAUAAUGGGAUUGGUGAGCGGGAAAUCCCCAGAGACGGAGAGUGGUGCAUCCAUGAACUUCAGACCCAAGAAGUCCAAGCGGAAGCUUUACAGACCAGAUAUCUCCUCCCCGAUGGACUUCCCCUCCCACCCG